AUGCACCGCCCUGCUGCUCGUCUACCGGUGCACUUUCUGGUGGACAUUGACCACACGCUGGUGCAUCCCGUCUACAGGCGUGUUGCGGGCAACAACUCAGACACCACGAGGUGCAGAAGCGGUCCACUGCCGCCAGCGAGUGCGUGGGGGUGGUGGCUGCUGAACUACGUGGACGGCCGCGUCACUCACGUGCGGCUUCGGCCUCAUGUUGUGCCAUUCCUGUCACACGUGCUCCUGGAUCGCUCGCUGGACACCAGCGAGACGGAGGUGCAUGUAUCCCUUUAUACACGCCAGAGCGCGGCCUACUGCGCCGCCAUUGCGCAUCAGGUGCUGCUGCCAGCCCUCGCACAGUCCAAGGGCAAGCCGUUGCACGAGUUUCGCCGUAAUGACGUCUUUCACAGACUCUUCGGUGGGGAACGCUGUGUGCGAGGCAAGUUCGAGGCAACAUAUUGGCUGAACCCGUCUCCUGGCCUCCUAUCUGAGGGCAGCCCUGCUGAUCAGCGACAGUUGGGGGAGGCCACAGCAUCCCUAGAGUGGCGCAAGACGAUCUUCGUUUUGCCCAGCCCCCUCACCACGUUGCUCGUCGAUGACCGCUGCGUGAACUUCCGCGUCACGGAACUGCGCACCGGCCAUGGCGUGCUGGUCCCGUCUUACUACGCCGACGCAGUGGCGUGUGCAGCAGAUGACUGCUUUCGCGUGCCGCCGACUGACAGCCUCUACGAUGUCAUCGGCAUGGAUCUUGACGGAAGAGGUGGCGGCGUACCAAGCGGGCGUGCGAUGCUCGGUCGUGUAGACGUCAACGACGUCGUCGUUGGUUUGCUGGACGUCCUGGAGGCCUUUGUGCAGUGCUGCCACUCCCAUCGUUGUGCCAUCGAGGCAAUGCACGGUGGCUCUGCAGGCAUGUCUAGCCCUGGGGAGCGAACGUCUUGUGCAGCGCGUCCGCCGGUAGACGCGGCGCUGAGCAACUUCAACUUCUUUGAACGCUCGCCGCUCUACCGCCAACAGUGGAAUGCGUUCCACGCCCACCGCGCGGACCUUCUGCACAGCUACUUCACCGGUUGA